AUGGUCGCCGUGGCCGCGCCUCGUACGCCAGUGCGUGUCCAUGCCAUCCCCUGCCAAGUCGGUGCGGCUAAUGGCCGGCCCUCUGCCCGCGCGGCUAACGGCCGGCCCUCUGCCCGCGCGGCUAACGGCCGGCCCUCUGCCCGCGCGGCUAACGGCCGGCCCCGACCCUCUGCCUGCACCCACGCGCCCUCACGGGCCACCUGGGGCGGCAUUAAAACCCCCCACAUCAGUAUUACCUUUCAGCGCUGGGGCCAGUCUACCUGUGUGAGCCUGGAGCCUCAGCUGAUGGUCACAAGAACAAAGAAAAUAUUUGUAGGUGGAUUAUCGGCAAACACGGUAGUGGAGGACGUGAAGCAGUAUUUCGAACAGUUCGGAAAGGUAGAGGACGCCAUGCUUAUGUUUGAUAAAACGACUAACAGACAUAGAGGAUUCGGCUUCGUCACCUUCGAGAGCGAGGACGUCGUAGAAAAAGUCUGUGAAAUUCACUUUCAUGAAAUCAAUAAUAAAAUGGUAGAAUGCAAGAAAGCCCAGCCAAAGGAGGUGAUGUUCCCGCCUGGGACACGGGGUCGUGCCAGAGGCCUACCCUACACCAUGGACGCCUUCAUGCUGGGGAUGGGCAUGCUGAGUUACCCAAACAUUGUCGCCACUUAUGGACGUGGAUACACUGGAUUCGCCCCAAGCUAUAGCUAUCAAUUCCCGGGCUUCCCGGCAACGGCGUAUGGACCUGUGGCAGCAGCGGCGGUGGCAGCAGCGCGUGGCUCAGGAAAGAGUCCUGGAGAAUGGGCACAAGGGCAGGCGUUUCAGAAUGAUGUCGGUGCCCCCUUCUACGAAGGUGUAACCCUGAGACGGUUCCCCGAUUACGGUUUCUAUUCCACGCCCAGUGACCACCGGGGGCCCCCCUGCUCCUUUGCGGACUAUGGCUCCCUGGGCCCCCAGGCUGCUCAGAUGCUGCAAAGUGAGCAUGCCACCUCAGCCUGCAACUCCCCCCUCCAGCACCUGCACAGCCCGGAUCAGUUUAAGAGCCCAGGCACCAAUCCGCCUCGGCCCGGAGCCUUCCCUGGCGCCAACAGCCCGGGCCCCGUGGCGGACCUGUACGGCCCCGCUAGCCAGGACUCCGGCGUGGGGAACUACAUAAGCGCUGCUAGCCCCCAGCCCGGGUCGGGCUUCGGCCACGGCAUUGCUAGUCUGUCGGGAGGCCAAGGGAAGACAGGCCGAAGCUUCUGAUUGGUUCUGUGUACAGGUGAUGUCAUCGACUUUCAAGCACUACAGCAUCACCCGCGGGAAAAGGGGCAGGAGGUGGCAGCACACAGAGAACAAAACAAGAUAAAAACGUAAAAAAUUCAUCUCAGAAAAAAUAUCUGCUGUACUAUAACCCAAAACCUGGCUUUUAAACACCUUUCAAGUCCUCUCUUAAUUAUGUUUAUAUGAUUUUAACCUGUUUAUCUUGUGUUAAACUUUUCCAGUUGAUUUCUUUCAGUAGCUGUUAAACGAUGGUUUUAAUUGCGUUUAAUGUUAUUUUCCCUUUUAGAGAAGUAACGGUGUAAAUGUAAAUGGGUUUAUUUUCCUUAUUUCCUUUUAUUUGGAGCUUGGUAUGUUUUGGUUACGUUAUGUACGUUUUGCGUUCGGUACUGAUCCUUUAAAGGAAAAAAAAAAUCAGGCCUUCAGGAGUCAUUUUGCACACAUGAGAAAAGACGAGUGGCGAUGCUUAGUAAAGUGUUUGAGAAGCUUUUAAUUCAAGUACAAAAAUGAGAGGGUAACUAACGAAUAAAUCUUAGUAACGGUGUUUUUUUUUGUUUUUUUUCCUGUGACGUCUUCGUUAACUAUUAUUACCUGUUUUGGGCAAUAAGAGGACUACAAUAUUUUCACAGUCCUUUUUUUAUAAAUGUUAUUUUUGUUGUCUUUCUUGUUAAAAUAUAGAUUUUUUUGUUUUCUUUUGAAUAACUUGUGAAUUCAGAUUUUAAAAAAAAUGUAGCUGUAAAUAUUAUUCCUGUCACUGCAUAUAACCAAUUGAGAGAGAGAUAUUUUUGUGAUGGUGUGUCGAGGCUGUAACUGCUGGAGCAGAGAGAUGUUUAAGAGGACAAACCUGUCAGGCUCUCUGCAGGAACCGAGAUCUGUCUGGAGCACAAACGUCGUUACUGCCCCACUGAGGACAAAAACCUACAAAAACACUGUUAGCUUGCUCUGUAAAUACUGUAGGCUUAUUAUUGACUGUACUAGUGUCAUACCAGCAUAGAUAGUAACUACAGGUGUACACAGCUUCUAAAAAAAAAAAAAAAAAUGGAAAAAAAAUGAGGUAACAUGAGAUACUCCAUGAUGCCUUUUAAGCAGGACAACUAGUUGCAUUAUGGUGGAGAAAAAAAAAGAGUUGCAUUAUGGGAAGUGUAUGCGAUUAUUUAAAAAAAUUCUUUUGUGUAAAAACAAAACUAUUAAUUCCAAAGCACACUUUUACCUUCUAUCAGUUUUGAAGUACAAGAUUCAAAUACUUGUCUAGCCAUUUCACACUGCUCUGUAUAAACCAAGGCUUUUUAAAAAACAAAAAACAUGCCUUUUGGGUUAGUCUGUUCCCCUGUUUGUUCCUUUUGUUUUGACGAGAAACAAAAUUCCUGGCUUCAAUGUGGCAGAGGCAAUAUGUAAAUUAAGUUUUGUUUUUCUGAAUUGGUAUGGAGUACUUUGAAUGAAUUAGGAAGGCAAACAUUUUAUAUUGUUACCUCAGUCCUGUGAGUUUUUCCGUAGAAGGGUUGACAGAUUAAUUUAUUUUUUGCGUAAACAGAUUGAAAUUAUGAAUGAAUUUUAAAAUCGUAAAAUAAAUCAUUGCACUGUGACUAGUAGGAAAAGAACUGACCAUUUUCUAUUUGCACAUGCUAAAUGUCUAUUUUAAAUGGUCUUUACCAGGGGAGGAAUGAAGGAUUAUUUAUGAGUUAUUAUUUUUCUCCAAUACUAACGCCUACAGAAGCAGACAGGUCAACAACUUGGCUCAUAGCAAGGAUACGUAUUAUAUAGAGCUGAAUUGCUGGAAUUUUAUUCUAUGGAUCGUAACAUGCAAACUUUGAAUAUUUCUAAAAACUGUUCGUAAACGUAUUUUCGAUAAAGCCGACAGAAGACACUGAAUCUAAUGUUCACAAUGUUAACCGUAGCUGCUGCGUGCUCGUUUGUCAUAUAUGGAGGGACUGGAUUAGCUCAAGUAAAAAAUGGCAUUUAUUGAGACGCUUUAAAAAAUAAAAAUUACGGAAAGAUUUUUAAAGAUUAUGGUUGAUUGAUGUAUAUGCUGUCGUUCUUUUGUUUCUUCCUGCUGCAGAUUUGUUUUAUAUGUACGUUAAUUUUAUUGUUUUUAUUUGACUUUUGUUCAGAACAACCAGGUUAAGCAAAAUGCUGGAUGCUUUUUAAAAUAACAUGGAGACUUGAUCAAGUAAUAAUUUAAACAAAAAGAAAAAAAGAAAACUAUAAUAUUAACUGUUCAAAAGAAACAUUUAAAAAACAAAAAAAAACAAAAAAAAAACUACUCUCCCUUGAACGAUUUCAAUUUUGGAUCAGGGGAUUUUUAU